AUGCGUAUAGAAGAAUUGGUGCUCGAAGGAUUUAAGUCCUAUCCUGUUCGCACUCAAAUCAUCGGAUGGGACCCCUCAUUCAAUGCGAUCACUGGACUCAAUGGAUCCGGCAAGUCGAACAUACUCGACGCGAUAUGUUUUGUCCUUGGAAUCACCAACAUGACAUCCAUGCGAGCUCAAAAUCAACAAGACCUCAUCUACAAACGCGGCCAAGCGGGGAUUACCAAAGCAAGCGUAACCAUUGUGUUCGACAACUCGGAUCGCACAACUAGUCCUGUUGGAUUAGAAAAUUGUAAGCAAAUCACUGUUACCCGACAGAUUGCCCUCCCUAAUAUUUCCAAAUAUCUUCUCAAUGGCCACAAAUCACAGCAGCACACCAUCCAGACUUUGUUCCAAAGUGUGCAACUAAAUAUCAAUAAUCCGAAUUUUCUAAUCAUGCAAGGUCGGAUCACCAAGGUUCUGAACAUGCGCCCCCAAGAAAUCCUGGGCAUGGUUGAGGAGGCAGCUGGUACCCGUAUGUUCGAAGAACGAAAAGAAAAGGCAAAGAAGACAAUGGGAAAGAAGGAGAAACGCGUUCGAGAAAUCACAUCGCUCCUCGCUGAGGAAAUUACACCGAAGCUCGAUACGCUUCGCGCGGAGAAGCGCUCAUUUCUGCAAUGGCAGAAGGCAUGUUCAGAAUUAGAACGCAUCGAGCGUGUGCUACGUGCAUGGGAAUGGACAGAGGGGCGACAGCGAGUGGAGAGAAAGGAGGCUGAGAUCCAUGCGAAAGAGAAGGAGAUGACAAAGGCUCGGAAGGAGAAGGAUAAGUGCGCGCAAGAGAUUGAGGCAGCGGAGAACGAUGCCCAAGAGGUGGAAGCACAAAGGGAGAAGGAGCUCAGGAAAGACGGAAAAUUUAAAAAGUUGGAAGAAGAGGUUAGUGAACUGGAGAAAGUGCUUGUCAAGAUGCGGACGCAGGUCGAGAUCAAGACAGGUACAAUCUCUGACGAAGAGGGGAAGCUACAAGCUUUCGAGAAAGAGCUUGAAGAGCUGGAGGAGAGCAUCACGCUGAAGCGAGGGCAAGUAGAGGAACUCACAUCAUCUCAUGGAGCGGUCAAAGAUAAGCAAAUUGCGCUACAAACCGCGCUUUCGAAUGCAGAGGAACUUCUGCAAACUUUAUUAAUAGGUCUCUCCUCGAAAGGCGCGAGCAAUACAGGUGGUGGGUAUAUGGGACAGCUGGCGGACGCAAAGGCGCGCCUGGCUCAGGCAAAAACUGGAGAGGAACAGAGCCGAGUGAAGGUCGGGAUGAGCAACAAAGAGUUGAAAUCGUUAGAGGCCAAGUGGAAGGAAGUCGAGAGAGAAGCCGGCGAAGGCCAGAAAAGGCUGCAGAUGAUGCGAAAAGAAGUCGAUGACUUCAAGAAGAAGGUCGGAGAGUCCGAAUGGAAUGCGGAGAAAGAACAGCACAGUGAGGCAGCGCUGAAGAUUGCCAAAGCUGAAGUGCGAGAUUUAACAGAGGCGCGAGAUGCGAUUAAACACCGGCUGUCGUCGCUCGAUUUUGACUACGCGCUCCCUUACCCAAACUUCAAUCGCUCCAGUGUGAAAGGACUGGUUGCAUCUCUUAUCUCACUAGAGCCAACAGAUUUCAACAAGUCGACCGCGCUAGAGAUCACCGCUGGAGGAAGAUUGUACAAUGUCGUUGUCGAGAGUGAGCAAGUUGGGAAAGAGCUGCUCAAAAACGGCAGACUAAAGAAGCGAGUGACGAUCAUUCCCUUGAAUAAAAUCGACGCCUUCCAAAUUUCAGCUCAGAAAUUGCAAGCUGCAACGAAGCUUGCUCCCGGAAAAGUUCGUCUCGCUCUUUCCCUGGUCGGUUAUCCUGAAGAAGUUGCCAACGCCAUGGCAUUCGUGUUCGGCAACACGAUCAUAUGCGAUGACGCUGAGUCUGCAAAACUGGUCACAUUCUCACCGCAGGUAGGCGGCGUCCGCUCCGUGACUCUAGACGGGGAUGUAUAUGACCCAUCGGGCACUCUGAGCGGCGGCUCAGCACCCAGUGGGAGUGGUAUCCUCAUCAAGGUGCAGGAUCUUCUGGAAGCAGAGCGCAAACUUGGUGAGGCACGAGGGCGACUUGAUAUGCUACAGCGAGAGGAGGAUGCCGGUAGAGAAGGGCGCAACCAGUGGAAGAAGCUGUCGAGAGAGCUUGAGAUCAAGGAACAUGAAACGCAUCUGCUCGAAGAACAAGUUGGUAGCAGCAACGCAGCACGGGUGGGAGCAGAAGUCGAGAAGGUGAAGAAGACCAUUGUCGAUCUCAACGACGCUGUGGAAGCAGCGAAGCAGAAGCAGAAGGAUGCCAAUGCAGAGAUAACCAAGCUUGAAAAGGACAUGGACGAGUUCAAGAACAAUAAAGAAGGGAAGAUUGAGGAGCUUAAAGCCGAUGUCUCGAAGCAGAAAAAUGCGCUGCAGAAGCACUCUGUAGUUUUGAAGACCCAGCAGAAGGAGAUGCAAACAGCGACGCUCGAGCUAGAACAGCUUGAGAAGGAUAUCGAAGCUGCGAACGAGAGUCUCGCAGAAGCCCGAGCCGGUCUUGAGAAGAUGCACAAAGAGCUCGGGAAGCUAAACAACCAGAUAGCAUCGAGCGAGGCCGCUUUCAUCAAGGCAGAGUCUAGAUUGCAAGAGGAGCGCGCCACGCUUACUAGGUUCGACAAUGAGUUGAAGGAACUGGAACGUAUCAUAAAGGAUAAGAAGCAGGCGAUCUCGGAUGCUGAGCUGGAACUCAAGAAGCUUGAGCAUGACGUUCAGACCUUGAAAAAGGAGAAGGCCUCUGCUACGAAUUUCGUCUCAAACCUGGAGAAACAAUAUGAGUGGAUUGUUGAGGAACACGAGUCGUUUGGCAAGCGAGGCUCUCAGUAUGAUUUUGCAGCGAUCGAUGUGGGCCGGUUGGAUGAGAAGGCAAAGGAGCUUGAAGCACAACAGAAGGGUAUGAAGAAGAAGAUCAACCCGAAAGUUAUGAACAUGAUCGACACCGUCGAGAAGAAGGAAGCUUCGUUAAAGAAAAUGCUUGGUACCGUCCUGAAAGACAAGGAGAAGAUUGAAGAGACCAUCGAGGAACUCGACAGAUAUAAACGAGACGCCCUAGAGAAGACUUGGACUAAAGUUAACGGAGACUUUGGUGGCAUUUUCGCGGAGCUUCUACCCGGAAAUUUCGCGAAGCUGCAACCGCCUGAAGGCCAGGACCUCACGCAAGGCCUCGAGGUCAAGGUCCAGCUAGGAUCCGUAUGGAAACAAAGCUUAACUGAAUUGAGUGGCGGUCAGCGAUCGCUCAUCGCGUUGUCCCUGAUCAUGUCACUUCUCCAAUUCAAGCCUGCACCAAUGUACAUUCUCGACGAAAUCGACGCUGCGCUCGACCUUUCGCAUACUCAGCACAUCGGACAGCUCUUCCGUACACGGUUCAAGGGCUCGCAAUUUAUUGUCGUGUCGCUCAAGGAGGGACUUUUCACGAAUGCGAACGUGCUAUUCCGGACGCGCUUCCGCGACGGGACGUCAAUUGUCGAGCGCACUGCACAACGGUCAACAUCGUCGUUCUAUACAAACGUAGACAAAGAGAACGAGGACGGGGGGACGCGGGCGCGGCAUAAGCGGGGGUGA